GAGAUCAGAUGGAGCACAAAAUACAAAUACAACCGCUUGCCCACGUAAAUAAAAACCUUAAUAUUAAAAACAUUAACUUUUGGUCUUCACAAGAUCUUAAGAAACUGUUGUGUUUGUGAAGAUGGCAGAAGAGGAGGUUGAAGUUGCAGCCAGCAUGAAGAAGAAUAAGGUGAUGGUGGCCAUUGAUGAUAGUGAGUACAGUCAGCAUGCUCUUAAUUGGGCCCUUAACACUCUUAGAUCUACCCUGGUAGAUUCAGAAGUUGUUAUCUAUACGGCCCGAUCACCCGUUGAUAUCGGCUAUUUGUAUGCAUCUUCAUGGGGAACAGCUGAGCUUAUAAAACAGCUUAAAGAAAGUGAGAAAAAGGCAGCUCUUGAUUUGCUGAACAAAGCUAAAGCUACCUGCGCCGAUUACGGGAUCACAGCAGAAGGAAUGACAGAAAUAGGAGACCCAAAAGUGGCUAUAUGCGAUGCAGCAGCCGAACUAAACAUCCAGUUGCUUGUGAUCGGCAGUCAUGGCCGAGGGGCUGUUACUAGGUGGCCCGAGAGGUAGCCGGACAUGAUAACCGGAGUUUGGAGGGGGUGGCACGGUAAUUAUAUCAUAAUGUUUCAUAUUAAGAACGAUCGCUGAAAUUUUGACAUGUCACAUGACCGAUUGAUCUAUAUUCGUUGGUUAAAACAAUUUAUAGUUACCAACGUUACGAGUUUAUAGUAACUAAGUGAAAAAAGGGCGCUAUAUAAAUGUAAGACAGAAAAGCAAAGAGGCGGCAUAAAAUUUUGUGUUUCCC